CACUCCAGAAUCCGGAGAGCUGAGAUUCCUGACAAAGAAGUCUGGGAUAGGCUGCCAAUUCGGGUUUUCAGGAAAACAUUGACUGAAGACUUUGACAAGGCCCUUCAAUAUGAAAAACAAGCUGAAAUGUUUUCGAGCCCAGAGGAAGAAGAAAUGUCAACCAAAUGGAGCCACAUCACCCCUGAACGUUAUAGAAACGAUGAGGAAGAUGUGUUUGAUGCUGACGGCGAAGAGGAAAUUCGGCCAAAAAAGAAGUGCAGAAAAGAGAAAUUACAGAUCCUCAUCCAGGCACCCCCACUGCCAGUGCUCCCACCAUUGAACUUUCCAAACUCCAGCGAGUACCAGACCACUUCAGCCAGUACCAGCCAAUACUACACCACUCCAAGGCAUCCAGGCCGACCUCACAGCCCAGCGAGAAGCAGCACUUACAGGCUCAGUCCAGACAGGAAUCAUGCAUCCAGCUCAAGCCAGUACCAAACCACUCCAACCAGUACAAGUCAGUACCAGACCACUCCAAGAAGCAGCAGGAAUGCCCUUGAAAGUGAACUUUUCCAGUUAAACAUGAAAGUUAAAAAAAUAGUUGAGAACCAGGGAGAAAUUAUGCGCAUGCUGAGAGGGCUGGCAGCACAGUCUGUGGGGCCAGAAGCUGUGGAUGUUCAAGAUCUCAUUGAGAAGCCUUUCGAGACUCUUGAGCAGCUUAAGACCUUCUGUGAACAGCUCGACACUGAUCUUCUGAUCAGAAAGCAGCUGAAUUUGGCAGACACGGUGAGGACAAUGCUGAGGAAAAUUGCCACAAACAAAGUCCUGGAGCAGCUUGGUCUCCGUGCAAAGACAGGCAAAGUGGCAUUUGAGGACUUGCCCUUUUACAGAAUAAUAAUAAGUACGUGUUAA